AUGGAGCAGCUGAUCGCCGCCAACAACAACUUCUGCCUGGACCUGUUCCGAGAACUGAGCAAGAAAAAUGCUGCGAAAAAUAUCUUCUUCUCUCCCUUCAGCAUUUCCUCAGCCAUGGCCAUGAUCCUUCUUGGGGCCCGGGGUGACACCACAGCACAGUUGCACAAGACGCUUCAUUUUGAUAUGGUUGAGGACAUCCAUUCAAGAUUUCAGAGUCUGAAUGCUGAUAUCAACAAACGUGGCACGUCCUAUAUCCUGAAGCUUGCUAACAGGUUAUACGGAGAGAAAACCUACAACUUCCUGCCUGAGUUCUUGUCAUCAACUCUUAAAAUGUACGGGGCUGAAUUGGCCAGUGUGGAUUUCCAGCAUGCCUCUGAGGAGGCAAGGAAGGAGAUAAACCAGUGGGUCAAAGGUCAGACAGAAGGGAAAAUUCCAGAACUGUUGGCUUCAGGGAUGGUUGACAGCAUGACCAAGCUCGUGCUGGUGAACGCCAUUUAUUUCAAAGGGAACUGGAAGGAGAAAUUCAUGAAAGAAGCCACAACCGAUGCCACAUUCAGACUGAAUAAGAAAGACACAAAGAAAGUGAAAAUGAUGUAUCAGAAGAAGAAAUAUCCCUAUGGGUAUAUCCAGGAGCUGAAGUGCCGUGUGUUAGAACUGCCCUACGAAGACCAGGACCUCAGCAUGGUCAUCCUACUGCCAGAUGACAUUGAAGAUGAUUCCACAGGUCUGAGGAAGAUCGAGGAACAGCUGACUUUGGAAAAGCUGAGUGAGUGGACCAAACGUGAGAAUCUGGAUCUCAUUGAAGUCAAUGUCAGCUUGCCCAGAUUCAAGCUGGAAGAGAGCUACAACCUCAACUCCUACCUCGCCAGCCUGGGUGUGCAGGAUCUCUUCACUAGUAGCAAGGCUGACCUGUCUGGCAUGUCAGGAUCCAGAGAUCUUUUCAUUUCAAAAGUUGUCCAUAAGUCCUUUGUGGAAGUGAAUGAGGAGGGCACCGAGGCAGCGGCCGCCACAGCAGGCAUUGCCACUUUUUGCAUGUUGAUGCCAGAGGAAACAUUCAAAGCUGACCAUCCGUUCCUUUUCUUUAUCCGACACAAUCCCUCAAAGAGCAUCCUGUUUUAUGGCCGAUUUUCAUCCCCAUAG